AUGAUGAUGAGUAAGAUAGACGAGUUAAAGGGAAUGAUUAAUGCAAUGCAAGAGAGGAAAGGAACUCGCAAGUGCACAUACAAGGAAUUUAUGGCGUGCAACCCGUUACCAUUCAAAGGAGAAAUUGAUCCCAUAGUAUGCCAAAGGUGGAUUGCAAGUACGGAAGCAGUGUUCGUAAGGAGUCAUUGUGAAAAGGAGGAUCAAGUGAUGUUCGCCACCGGUUUGCUACAACUCCGAGCUAAGGAUUGGUGGGAUGUUUAUAGUAAAGAGCUUGGGGAAGAAAAAGUUCAAGUCUUGACAUGGCAGGAGUUCAAGGAACCUUUUCUGAAGCAUCACUGUCCACAAUCUGCCAUCGACAAGAUCCAAGAAGAUUUCUUACAUCUUCGUCAGAAAGAUGAAACCAUAGAUGAAAUCACCAACGUUUUCCUUGACAAGCUGAAGUUCUGUAACGAGAUAGCAGGAACGGAGAGAAUGAAGAUAACCCGUUAUUAUGGUAUGUUGAAGGCUGAAUAUCGGGAGUUCAUAAUUCCCGCUAAAUGUGAAACUUUGAAUGAGCUCAUUGAACUGGCCCGAGAUAGGGAGAUUGAAAUGAGAAGACAGGCGGAAAGGGGCGAAAAGAGAGCAUCUGAAAAUGUUUCUAGCUCGAGCCCUUCAAAGAAACCAAAAUUUCAAGAUCAAGGCAAGAAGGAUAAGGCGAAGGGUAGUAUUCCAAAAUGCAAAACGUGCGGAAAGUUACACACGGGGGAAUGUUUGAAAGGGAAAAAGGGUUGUUACAACUGUGGUCAAGAGGGACACCCAUACUAUAGGUGCCCUAAUCCUUCAAGAACGUGUUACAACUGUUUCCAACCGGGUCAUAUUAAGGCUGAGUGUCCCAAGCUUCAACAGAAAACUGACAAGGAGGCAAGAAAGGAGGAAGCCCCAAGAGCUAAGGGGAGGAUGUUUCAGAUCACAACCGAGGAAGCGAAGGACCACCCGAAUGUUGUAUCAGGUAUAUUCUCAUUGAACUCGAUGCCUACGUAUGUGUUAUUUGAUACCGGUGCCAGUAGAUCGUUUGUAUCAAGUGAAUUAGUGUCACACCCCUCCUUUAGAAUCGAAAGACUGCGUGUACCAUUAGAAGUAGAAAUAGCCGAUAGUAAGAGUUACUUGUUGCACGAAGUUUGUAGAGAUUGUGAAAUAAUCAUUGAAGACGAAAAGUUUGCUAUCGACCUUAUUCCCAUGAUAUUGGGGGAAUUUAAGGUUAUAGUUGGCAUGGAUUGGCUAGCUAAACAUCAGGCCGAAAUUCAAUGUGAGAAGAAGGUAAUUCAUGUGUUAACAUCGGAAGGAAAACGAGUAAGCAUACAAGGGGAAAGGAAUAUCAAUUCGAGGCUUUGUUCUAUAGUCCAAGCAUACAAGUACGUACGAAAUGGAAGCAAGGCAUUUCUAACUUAUGUGGUGGAUACUAAGCAGAAUAUCCCUAAGAUAGAAGAGGUUGAAGUUGUGAAUGAGUUUCUUGAUGUUUUUCCGGAAGAUUUACCGGGGCUUCCACCGGAACGCGAAGUGGAUUUCAAGAUCGAAUUAUACCCUGAUGCCAAACCUGUAGCCAAGGCCCCUUAUAGGCUGGCCCCAACAGAAAUGCGGGAGCUAAUGGUACAAAUACAAGAAUUGCUCGACAAGGGAUUUAUACGCCCGAGUGUCUCGCCAUGGGGAGCGCCUAGGUGUGACCACGGGGCUGUGCCCAGCAGGCACGGGACCAUAGCCGGGAGUUCCAUUUUCAUCUUUUUGAAAUUUUCGUUUUGUUUUCUUAGUAUGUCGAGCCAAAACAGUGGAACAUCAACAACCAACUCAAGAAACAGUCGAAGAGGAAGAAGACCGUCAAUCAAUGCUACCCUUGUCCGCUAUGUGUAUGCAUUAAGGGAAGCCAUCGACGAAAUGACAUCGGUGGAGGAGAUCCUCAUUGACCGUAUCAACUACUUGACGGUGGGACUAGAGAAUAGCUUCCAAGAAAUCAACCUUUUGCACCAAAGGUUGAACAUUCUUGCUAUGCCACCCAUGUAA